CCCCCUCAAUCAGUUCUUCCCCUGAGCUCGCACCGCCACCUCCUGCGUGGGUACAAAUUGUGGGUAUCGCAAAGACGUCCGAUUUCUCACCGACAACGUUCGUUCUUGCGUGUCUCGGCCGGUGUCAGUCAGCCGCGUGCGGCCAUCCUAUCCCACCGUGUUUCGACCGCACGCAUAAGAGUUCUUCUGCGGUGGCCAUCGAAGUCCCCUUCCUUCCCCGCCACGCGUCCUCCGGCUUCGAACGCGAUUCAGUUGGCCAUGCGGCGUGGACAGGGAGAUGCGCGGAAGCGUGGAUUCUAAUUCUCGACGGGCUCCGAUUUGAACUACCCCGAUAAUCUCGCUGGCUCGCCUUAUCCUCCUCCUUUGUUUGGCCUCAUCGAUUGAUUCCCUGCAAUCAUUUCUAGGUUUUCGUUUCUAGCGAAGCGGCAGGAGGGAUCAUGCUGCUGAGGUUCGUCGAUCAUCUACUCGCUGUCACCAAGGAGUCUGUGAAGACAUUCACUUAUGAAUCUUUGAUCAAUAUUGCGAGGCUGAUAAAUGGUAUUUCAGCACUUGUGUUGUCGAUACUGCCAGGGAAAACCAACAUUCUAGAGGGGAUCCAUGAUUGGGAGCUAAGACCCACUUUACGUGGACCUCGCCUGCCUAGAUGGAUGGAGAAUGGUGUUUCUUCAUUCAACAUGCUGGUUCAUGAGUUGUCCUUGGAUCAUGAAACUUCCAUCGAUGCUUCAUCUAUAGCUGGUGAAGAAGAUUAUGAUGAGAACCUAUGUCCUGCAUCUCCAUUGUCUCAGGCUUCACGACUAUCAAAUAGCAGCACAGUCAAUAGAUAUGAUCGACGUACAAUACGCCUGAUCAAAUUUUUGCUGUCCUGGAUCCUUUGGCCUGCAGCCUUUUUUCUGAGGUUGUUUGAAGGUUUUAGGAGAAGUGGAGCAGCAGGAAACCUGAAUGCUAAUCAAUUUGCAAGCCCUCAACUGACUAGAAGACUGCUUCAGACAAAGGAUCAUGUUCUCCAACGCACUACUGAUAGGAGGCGAGGGGUAAUUGAGGAUCUAUAUCUAGCAUUAGAAAUAUUCAUUGAAUCAGCCUUCGAAAUUGCCCAUAAGGCUGCACACUUAUUCCUCUCCCCAUCAGAAGUUUGUAGAAAAGUAUUUACAUUCUUCUUAUCUAAUCGAGGCGCUGCAAUUGAUAGUCAUGACGGUAACAUAGAGACGGUAAUUCCUACAGCUAUUGUUGGUGACACUGAUCCAAUUCCAAUGGAAAGGCCACGAACACUUCAUUACUCCCUUAACACUGAUGCUCGGACAUGUCAAGAUGUCAUAACUGAACUUGGGUACCCUUAUGAAGUUAUUCGUGUGGUUACUUCUGAUGGAUAUGUCCUGCUUUUAGAGAGAAUUCCAAGGCGUGAUUCUGCAAAAGUUGUCUAUUUACAGCAUGGAAUAUUGGACUCCUCAAUGGGGUGGGUAUCCAACGGAGUUGUUGGUUCUCCUGCAUUUGCAGCAUUUGAUCAAGGUUAUGAUGUCUUUCUUGGAAAUUUACGAGGAUUAGUAUCAAGAGAGCAUGUCGACAAGAACAUCUCCUCACGCAAGUAUUGGAAGUACACGAUCAAUGAGCAUGCAACAAAAGACAUGCCUGCAAUGAUAAACAUGAUACAUGAAAUAAAAACUGCUGAACUAAAUGAGCUUUCUAAACCUGAUUCAGACGAAGAAGUGUGCGAUCAGCCUUACAAACUUUGUGCCACUUCUCACAGCCUGGGAGGAGCAGUCAUGCUGAUGUAUGUCAUAACAUCUAGAAUCAAUUUAGUACCUCACAGGUUAUCAAGAUUGAUCUUGUUGUCACCUGCGGGUUUUCACGAUGACUCUACUAUAGUAUUUACAAUUUUAGCGAGAGUUAUGCUGCUACUUGGGCCUUUGAUUUCUACUGUGGUUCCGGGACUCUACAUACCGACUCGGUUCUUUCGUAUGCUUAUCAACAAGUUGGCCAGAGAUUUUCAGAACUAUCCUGCUUUAGGAGGCCUUGUUCAGACUCUUAUGAGCUACGUCGUCGGUGGUGACAGUUCAAAUUGGAUUGGAGUGCUUGGCUUGCCUCAUUAUAAUAUGUAUGACAUGCCUGGAGUGUCACUUUACGUCGCCCUCCACCUCGCUCAGAUAAUGCGCUCAAAGAAAUUUAUAAUGUUUGAUUAUGGAAGCGCAGCUGCAAAUAUAGAAGCAUACGGAUCACCAGAGCCUCUGGACCUUGGCCAACGUUACAAUCUCAUUGACAUUCCUGUUGAUCUAGUUGCUGGUCGAAAAGACAAGGUUAUUAAACCUGCAAUGGUGAAAAGGCACUAUACGCUUAUGCGAAAGGCAAACGUUGAGGUGUCUUACAAGGAGUUUGAGUAUGCUCAUCUGGAUUUCACAUUCUCACAUAGGGAGGAGCUUUUAGCUUAUGUCAUGUCUCGCCUUCUUCUGGUUGAUCCACCGCAAAAGCACCAGAGGACUCAAGCCACUUUGAGGCUUAGAAAACCAAGUGGAAGCCAGACGAAAGCUGAAGGUAAUAACACUGAGCAUAGUGGAGCAGAAGAGAUUGUGCCUGAAAAUUGAGAUGAUGAGUCUGUUUUUGUUAGUUGACUAUGAGAACUUGUAAGUUCUAGGCUUCUUCAGCUCGAUCCAUCACAGUCAUUACUGUCCUGGCAUCUGUAACCGUUUGGAAUUUUUUUCUGCAACCCCAAGAUUGAACUUCUUGGUUUCAAAGUUUGAAAAUUUCUUAGUUGCUAUCAAAAUGUUGAUUCUCCCUUCAGAUAUAUAUUUUGUAUCUAUGUUCACUAAGAUCAAGCUAACCACUAUUGAUCA